CAAAGAAGCUUGUUUUAAAAAAAAAUCCAUUAAGCUGCCAGCCAAAUUUGUCUCUGUGUGCGCAACCCACACGUGAGAGAGCACGCAUCUAUUCAACAACUUCUCUUGUGUGUUCGUGUAAUAUAUAUAUAUACAAAAGGGACUUGGUGAUCUCAUUUCAGUUUAGCUUUUAAGCUUUCGAAGAUAUAUCACCAACCCAAGUUUCCCCCCGAAUCUCAGCUUCUGGAGGAGGAGCCAUGUCUCUUUUAUCGAAACUACGGUGUAUCACAGUAGAUGUAACGGGUACGCUCAUAGCUUACAAAGGAGAGCUUGGUGAUUACUAUUGUAUGGCUGCUAAAGCCAUUGGCUUGCCUUGUCCUGAUUACAAACGCGUCCAUGAAGGUUUCAAGCUUGCUUACACAGACAUGGCUCAAAAGUAUCCUUGUUUCGGUUUCUCCGCCAAAAUACCAAACGUUGUCUGGUGGAAAACCGUUGUCAGAGAUUCAUUUGUCAAGGCAGGAUAUGAGUAUGAUGAGGAGACAUUUGAGAAAGUGUUUAAACGAAUCUAUUCGACGUUUGGUUCUGCUGCACCUUACUCUGUGUUUCAAGAUUCUCGACCCUUCUUGAGAUGGGCACGCCAGAAAGGUCUUAUAGUUGGACUUGUUAGCAAUGCGGAGUAUCGAUACCAAGAAGUUAUUUUACCUGCCUUGGGUUUGAACAAGGGAGAGUGGGAUUUUGGGGUGUUCUCUGGUAUUGAAGGGGUGGAGAAACCAGAUCCGAGGAUUUACAAGCUGGCGUUAGAGAGAGCUGGGAACAUUGCGCCUGAGGAGGCUUUGCAUAUUGGAGAUAGUAUGCGUAAAGAUUAUGUUCCGGCAAAGAGUAUUGGGAUGCAUGCUUUGUUGCUUGAUAGGUUUAAGACAGAAGCUGCUAAAGACUGGAGGGAAGCUGGAGCUAUUGUGCUUCCUGAUUUGGUUGCUGUUCAGCAACUUUUGGAAUCUGAUAAGUUGAAAUGUUAAAAAAAAAAAUAGACUUUGUCUUAAGUAAGAAUCUGAUGUCCCAUUGUAGUAUUGCACAUUUUGGCUCUUUCUUCUUAUGAGUAAUUAAAAAGAGUUUCAAUGUCCCA